GAGAGGAGCAACCAACUCGGAACAGUAUAGGGGAGUAGGGAUAAACCAAUAGUUAGCAGGUCCUUUGUACUAAACUUCUAUAACCCAUACUCAUUUGGCUUCUCGCCGUGAGGGGAGAAUUGAAGAGCAAGAAAGGAACGAGAGGUUGGAUGAGCGGUGCAAAGAGUUCUGCAGGUAUGGCGGCAGCGUUGCCCAGGACCCUGGGGGAGCUCCAGCUCUACAGGAUCCUCCAGAGGGCAAACCUGCUGUCCUACUACGAGGCCUUCAUCCAGCAGGGCGGCGACGACGUGCAGCAGCUGUGUGAGGCGGCCGAGGAGGAGUUCCUGGAGAUCAUGGCCCUGGUGGGCAUGGCCAGCAAGCCCUUGCAUGUAAGGAGGCUCCAGAAGGCCCUGCGAGACUGGGUCACCAACCCGGCCCUGUUCAACCAGCCCCUGGCCUCUCUCCCUGUCUGCAGCAUCCCUGUCUACAAGCUAGAAGCUAACGGUAAUGCUAACGCUAGCACCCACAUCAAAGUGCCCAAGCUUCUGGCGGCGGCAUGUGUGGGGGAGCCCAGGAGAGGCGAGGCGUCGGCAUCAGGGGUGGGGGGCGAGGGAGGAGGGGGUUCGGCCUCAGGGUCUCCACUGCAGAGGGGCAGCGAGCCCCGCUUCUGGGCCUCCUUGUACUCCCACACCGGGGGAGGGGGACCGGAGAGCGAGCACAGCCUGUCCCCAGUGGAGUUGACCCUGGGUCUGGGUUCGCCCUCGCCCUCGUCCCCCCGCGGCGAGGAGGUGCUAGAUGCCGCAGCGUUGAGGUCGGUGGUGGAGUGUGUGGAGCGGCUGGCCCAGGCGCUGCCCCGGAGCGACCCGGCCGACGUGAAGGAGGGGCUGAGGGGCAACAAGAAGCUGGCCAAGAUGAUCUGCCACAUCCUGGACAUGGACGAGGACGACCCGAGGAGGGCGGAGGAGAUACGCAAGUACAGCGCCAUCUACGGACGCUUUGACUCCAAGAGGAAGGACGGCAAACACCUUACGCUGCACGAGCUGACAGUGAACGAGGCAGCAGCUCAGUUGUGUAUGAAGGAGGUGUCCCUGCUGACCAGGAGAGAUGAGCUGUUUGGUCUGGCUAGACAGGUCUCCCGGGAGGUCACCUACAAAUACACCUACAGGACCAGCAAGUCCCGAUGUGGUGAUAGAGAUGAGAUUUCUCCCAAGAGGAUUAAAACAGAGGAGGGCUUCUUUGACCUACAGGAGGCCCUGCAGGCCAUCCACAUGAGACAAGAGACCCUGAGGGAGCAGCUGGCCACAGCCAAGUCUAAAGGAGAGGAGACCACAGGACGCAGCAUCCAGCUGCAGCUGGAGCAUCUGCUGGCCAGGCAGAUGGAGAUCCUCCACGAGGCCAAGGCCCAGGACAGACUUCAGACCCUGGAGUGGAGGGUCCCUAUGGGGGGCUUCAAAUUCAGACACAGCACAGACCCAGAGCACCGCCACCAUGCCAACGGAGGCUCCACUGACAACACCGGACUACAACCAGGGGAGAGGCCACUGAACCUGCGGGUGGCGGGUCAAAGGUCGGAUGGAGACAUACCCCUGGGGAAACAGCUAGCCAAUGAGCUGAAGAGGCAUCACAGCAACGGGGAGGGAAAGACCCCGGUGACGAGUCACCAUUGCAAUGUCGAGGGCAAAACUCUGGCCACAGAAAAUGGGAACGGGGCCGACUUCUCCCAAGGGGCUCUCAACCUUUCCGACAAGAAGACCAUCAAAUCAGAGCCAGAGGAUUCCAGAUAGCACCUCCUCCUCCUCCUCCUCCUCCUCCUCCUUCCUCAUCCCUCUCUCAUAACACAGUCGUCGUCAGUCAAUACUAAACAAGCACAGCUACAGUAGAGCCUUAACAACCAAUGUUGCCUCAAGAAAAGGGAUUUUACUUUUUGUUUAUUUUUUGCCAAAGCACCUAGAGAGCCUUUGUUUCUUUCCUUGUAGAAGCCCAGUUUUUUGUGUUUUCACUGACUGUGUUGAUUCCCCCUCCCCUCUCUCCUUUCUUACUAUCAAGACUGAUGGCGAGGGGUCUGUAGAUGUCAUUUUUGUACAUACAUAAUUCUGACUCUGAAAAGUGUUUGUUUGUCAUUGAUGUUAUUUAAAUAUAUGCUGUGUAGAAUAAGGAAAUUUAUUUUUGGUGGACUAUAGGACGUCAUUUACGUCCAGAUUGGGAAGUUGGAUGUCUCAGUUGUUACGAGAACAGGUUUGGCUCUGGUUUGUUAAGAGUGUACGAGGACAACACCAGCAGAUCCUGGUGGUAUUCCCUUUCACUUUGAGUCAACCAGGAUUUGGCUCAGAAAAGUCUUAUUCAAUUUGACAAUGUGGUCCGAUUUGAUCAAAGCACUAACAGUAGGGUGUACAGUGAAUUCGGAAAGUAUUCAGACCCCUUGACUUUUCCCCACAUUUUGUUACG